AUGUCUGGCGAAGUAAACCUCUCAAUUCUCCUCUCAACAAUGCAACCAGUCCUGGACCCACAAACCUACGUCUUCGUCACCACAACACAACCCCUCGCAUCACUCCCACUUGAUACUCUGGAUCCACAAUUGAUAGCCCAAGAAACUGAAGGCACAACGAUUGUUACCACGGAAGCUCUAGCCGCGUCCCACGGCUUCAAGGAGAUUGUCUUCCCGUGCCGCAAGAUCUCGCUGGGGAUCCAUUCCAGCCUUGAGGCGGUCGGACUGAUUGCGGCCGUUACUGAUCGACUCAAGGAUCAUAAAAUCAGCACCAAUGUUGUGAGCGGGUUUUUCCAUGAUCAUAUAUGUUCCUGCUGGGCGGGCGGAGGAUGCAAUGAAGGUCUUGGGGGAUCUGGCGGAGGAUGUGAAGCGCAAGUGCCCGGUUUGAUGUUUGGAUGUAGCCACUGUUGGUUGGCCGCAACAGCCAGUUAUCUCCUUACUCCACCCCCAUGA